AGUUAAUACUGACUUUGACGUAGAGUAUUAUUGAAGAUUGCAAGUUGCUCAUCUAAUUUGAUUUAGUAAUCAUAGAACGACACUUAGGUGAAUCCCCGAUCAUGAAAAAAGAAAAAGAUUGAUACGAAGCACAGCCACGAAGGUCAUACAUAGUAAUUUAUGUUCAUUUACCAAGAUCCUGGUGUUCCCAGUGAAAUCUCUCCUGCUAUAAUAUAAGUGACAAUAGAUGGUUGUAACAACAGUAGUGAAAAAGCUUCAGCUAGUGAAAGAGCAAUGGAAGGUUAUCGGAAUAUUAUAAUUUUCUUACUUGUUUCUCUUGCAAAGAGUCAUGGAGUUGAGGAAGAAUCAACCACUACCAUACCUACUGAAAAUGAUACUCAAGCUUCCGUCAACACAGACAGUCAAUUAGAUCGAUUAUUCUUUGGACAAGAAGUGCCAGAUGAAUUCAAGUCAACUAUACCAAGUGUGAUGAAAGAAUUGGAUGGUAUGACUGACGAGCAAUUUCUCAAAUUCUUAGAGAAAGCUGCAGAGAGGGCUAAGCAAUCAUAUGAAGAAUUGAAGUCUAUUCAUGACCAGCUAGAAAAGAACUUGUCUACCAUUCCGCCCUCUCAAAGACUGAAGCGCUGUCAUGCAUGCCAUAAGAAGAGAAUGGGUUUCAUCAGUCCGAUGCCAGUAUUUGUUCCAGUGGCAAUACCUAUGCAUUAUCCGAAGUUUCGCGGUGGAUGCGGUGGUUACGGAGGAUGUGGAGGAGGAGGGGGAGGAUACUACCACGGAGGCGGAGGCUAUGGCUACCAACAGCCCCAGGUGUGCCACUCUUGCGGCGGUGGCGGUUACGGUGGAGGAGGCGGAGGGUCGAUGGCUUAUGCAAGUGCAAGUGCCAGUGCUUCUAGUGGCUCUUGGGGAAAGAAAUAAUCUACCGCAAGUUACGAAUCGAUGGGAACACAUGAACGUCUAUAGAAAAUAGAUUCCUACAAAACUUAGUAAUAAUUACAUUAUUCUGAUUUCACAAUACUUGACGCAAAGCAACAUCGCAAUAUGCAACGCGACUCAUAUUUCUGUUCGAAUUCUCGAGAUCAAAAAUUUAUUGAAUUUUUCGAAAUAAUAAUUUCAGCCUGCUUUCAAAUA